AUGCAACUUGGGGAAGUUGACACUUUGGGUGUUUAUCUCACAAUUGGAUUUGACGCCAUCACAGAGAAUGAUACGUCUCAAGUCUCGGCUGAUAUUCUAUCGGCUACGGGGCAUAGUAAGAGCAAACCUGGCUUGACUCUUCCUUGGCCAGAAGAAUACCCAAACCUUGAAGACGUUAAAGUCUCCAAGUCCGUGGCUGCUCUUCUUGGCACUAAUGCUCAAGAUGUGAGUGCGUCAUUUUUCAACGAUUUCUUGAAAGAUGCUUUGGAGAAGAAGUAUUUGGUUACCGCUUCGCCGGUAGCGAUUAUACAAGGGGGUAUUGCAAGUGCGCAAAAGUUUUUUGAUUUGUUGAAAGAGGGUAUCGGUGGAAAGAAACUUGUUGUGAAGGUUGAGUACCUAGGUAGGCUUAGAGGAGUUCUUUCGGUUGGCAAAGGAGUGGUGAGGGAGUUUCUUGGGUAUUGUGGGGAUGCUUGA